GGCGACAGAACCAGCUUCGAGGAUUUCCACGUCCUUGACCAGACGGCCUCUCUUGUGGCCGUCUUUGAUGGCCACUUGGGUGACGAGGCGGCCGCCUUUUGCGCGGAGAGGCUUCCGCUGCAUUUGGCCAAGGCGGAGACUGCCAGCGAGUGGCAGGAGGCCUUCAAGGCCUGCGACGCGGAGCUGCGCGAGCGCCUGCCGCAGACCGAAGCCGGCACCACGGUGCUUGGGCCAGAUCAAAGCGCCACAGUUGUGCGUGUCAAGGAGAGCUCCCAGGAAAGCAACACGCUUCUAUCAACAAGAGACCAUCGGCCCAGCGACGCGGACGAGCGUCGGAGAAUCGAAGCCGCUGGUGGGGAAGUCACCAAGGAGGACCCAGACAACCCACCGCGAGUGGAUGGCGUCCUAUCAUGCAGCCGCGCGCUUGGGUCCUUCGAGCUGAAGCAGGAGGCACUUUGGCCGGAGGAGCAAAAGGUCUCCUGCAUACCAGACGUCUACAAGUGGCAUGCCACGCGGGGGGACUGGUUGAUUCUUGCCUGUGACGGGAUCUGGGACGCGGCUUCCAACGAGCAGGUGGUCGACAGGGUCUGCCGCAGAGCCACGAAGGGGAAAGACCUGGGCCAGGUGGUGGAGGCUUUGCUGCAGCUAUGCAGCAGCUCACUCGACAACUUGACAUUGGUGGCCAUUGAGCUUGGGGCUGUGGAGCCAAAGGAUGAUACGGUCACGAUGAAUGCUGGCGACUUUUUGAAAGCGAGAAGGGAGGCAGUGCGGCGGACUCAGUAUAAGUCAUUUGGGCUGCGAUUUGGCUUUAGCCUCGAGAAGAACAUUCCGGAGCAAGGGCCAGCUUCCUUGGCAUUGGUGAAGACUGCUGCUCGGGAUCACACGAGUCCUUCGGAAACAUCCACAGAGGUGGAGUGCCGGGUAUGCAAUUGGUGCAUCGAAGACAAGAGGCCGACCAUCGACGACACGCAGGAAGGCUUCGAUCUGCGGAGCAUCCUGCAGACGCUGUCGGGCGACAGAACCAGCUUCGAGGAUUUCCACGUGCUUGACCAGACGGCCGCUCUUGUGGCCGUCUUUGAUGGCCACUUGGGUGACGAGGCGGCCGCCUUUUGCGCGGAGAGGCUUCCGCUGCAUUUGGCCAAGGCGGAGACUGCCAGCGAGUGGCAGGAGGCCUUCAAGGCCUGCGACGCGGAGCUGCGCGAGCGCCUGCCGCAGACCGAAGCCGGCACCACGGUGCUUGGGCCAGAUCAAAGCGCCACAGUUGUGCGUGUCAAGGAGAGCUCCCAGGAAAGCAACACGCUUCUAUCAACAAGAGACCAUCGGCCCAGCGACGCGGACGAGCGUCGGAGAAUCGAAGCCGCUGGUGGGGAAGUCACCAAGGAGGACCCAGACGACCCACCGCGAGUGGAUGGCGUCCUAUCAUGCAGCCGUGCGCUUGGGUCCUUCGAGCUGAAGCAGGAGGCACUUUGGCCGGAGGACCAAAAGGUCUCCUGCUUGCCAGACUUCUAUAAGUGGCACGCCACGCGGGGGGACUGGCUGAUUCUUGCCUGCGACGGGAUCUGGGACGCGGCUUCCAACGAGCAGGUGGUCGACAGGGUCUGCCGCAGAGCCACGAAGGGGAAAGACCUGGGCCAGGUGGUGGAGGACCGAAUGGAGCAGAUGUUCACGACCGGGCGGGGCCUUAUCGCAGAGGCGAUGCUGCAGCUCUGCAGCCGCUCGCUCGACAACUUGACGUUGGUGGCCAUUGAGCUUGGGGCCGUGGAGCCGAAGGCCGGGGCUUCCGAAGAUGAAAUUGGCUCCGGACGCGAAGGGCCGCGCAAAGCGACCAAGUUUAGACUUGGCGUGCCGGGUAGCUAUCUCAUGCUGACUUUGUGCUACGAGUGCCAAACGAGCAGCGAGCGAGCCGGCUGGCGCAGCACCGUGGCAGCAGUGGGAGUGCCAGAGAAAGUGCCAUCGCUCUACGUGAAGUACACCCACGUGGCUUUUAAGGGACCACACGAGUCCUUCGGAAACAUCCACAGAAGUGAUGGAGUGCCGAGUAUGCAAUUGGUGCAUGAGGCUGUGAAGACAAGAGGACCCUGCCGGUACAGCGGCCGCAGCGUGUCGCAGGAAAACUUCGAUUUCCGGAGCAUCCAUCUGCAGAAUGCUCCGGAAUUCGUCCGGAGCUCGGUCCUGCAGAUGCUGGCAGGUGACAGAACCAGCUUCGAGGAUUUCCACGUCCUUGACCAGACGGCCGCUCUUGUGGCCGUCUUUGAUGGCCACUUGGGUGACGAGGCGGCCGCCUUUUGCGCGGAGAGGCUUCCGCUGCAUUUGGCCAAGGCGGAGACUGCCAGCGAGUGGCAGGAAGCCUUCAAGGCCUGCGACGCGGAGCUGCGCGAGCGCCUGCCGCAGACCGAAGCCGGCACCACGGCCACAGUUGUGCGUGUCAAGGAGAGCUCCCAGGACGCUCUCGAGCUCUUAGUGGGAAGUUGUGGAGAUUGUCGCGCUGUCUUAUGGCAGAAGGAAAGCAACACGCUUCUAUCAACAAGAGACCAUCGGCCCAGCGACGCGGACGAGCGUCGGAGAAUCGAAGCCGCUGGUGGGGAAGUCACCAAGGAGGACCCAGACGACCCACCGCGAGUGGAUGGCGUCCUAUCAUGCAGCCGUGCGCUUGGGUCCUUCGAGCUGAAGCAGGAGGCACUUUGGCCGGAGGACCAAAAGGUCUCCUGCCUGCCAGACUUCCACAAGUGGCAUGCCACGCGGGGGGACUGGCUGAUUCUUGCCUGCGACGGGAUCUGGGACGCGGCUUCCAACGAGCAGGUGGUCGACAGGGUCUGCCGCAGAGCGACGAAGGGGAAAGACCUGGGCCAGGUGGUGGAGGCGAUGCUGCAGCUCUGCAGCAGCUCGCUCGACAACUUGACGUUGGUGGCCAUUGAGCUUGGGGCCGUGGAGCCGAAGGAUGAUACGGUCACGAUGAACGCUGGCAACUUUUUGACAGCGAGAAGAGAGGCAGUGCCGCGGUAUAAGUCGUUUGGGCUGCGAUUUGGCUUUAGCCUCGAGAAGAACAUUCCGGAGCAAGGGCCAGCUUCCUUGGCAUUGGUGAAGACUGAACCGAGCCCUCCACACAGAAGGUUUCCGGAGUGGCCUUUGCUGCCAUCGUCGAACACAAGCUUGACGUCAAAGGCAGAUGCUUCGAAGGACCACACGAGUCCUUCGGAAACAUCCACAGAAGUGAUGGAGAACCAAAAGAGCUCGGCUUCCACCCCUCCAACGUGGGAGGUUGACGCGGAGCGGACGAUGGACGAUAUGGAGGAAAGCUUCGAUUUUCGAAGCAUCCUGGCUUGGUUCGGCUGCUGUGGAAUGCGCAAAGCCCAACGCUGGUAG